AGGGAGGGAUGGAGGGAUGGAGCAAUAAUUGAGAAGAAAAAAGCACAUUUGCGCUGUAGAGAGUGGAGAGUAGCGGUGAAGCUAUGAGAGUCUGAGAGGGUCAUCCCUACCUCAGACCAUGUGGAGUGUAUCUAUGAGCCCGUCCGUGUUGCAGGUGAUACAGGGGAUGUGUGUGUCCGUGCGUCCAGCAGCGUGUGUGAGGAUACAGAGGGGGAUGUGUGUGUGUCCGGCGGGGACAGUGGCAGGGAGCGGUGUGGAGGGGGUAACCCCCACCAGAGGGAGUCCUGCGGGGAGGGGUGGAGGUAGAGGGCUGAGACGGUUUGAGGAGAUCCCCCACACGGGCAGCAGUGGCUGGCUCAACCUGGUGAAGUUCUGGCGAGAAGACAGAUUUAAACUAUUACACAAACACAUGGAGAGGACCUUCAACACCCUCGGCCCCAUUUACAGGGAGCGUCUGGGCACCCAGAGCACUGUGAAUAUCCUGCUGCCGUCUGACAUCAGUGAGCUGUUCCGCUCUGAGGGCCUUCACCCCCGACGCAUGACCCUGCAGCCAUGGGCCACACACAGAGAGACACGACAGCACAGCAAGGGAGUCUUCCUCAAGAACGGGGCAGAGUGGCGUGCCGACCGUCUCCUGCUCAACAGGGAGGUGAUGAUGGCUCCUGCUGUACGUCGCUUCCUGCCCCUCCUAGACGAAGUAGCGAGGGAUUUCUGUCGUCAGCUAGCGACCCGGGUGGAGAAAGAGGGAGGAGAGGAGGAGAGGGGGCACAGUCUGACUAUCGACCCCAGCCCUGACCUCUUCCGCUUCGCCCUGGAAGCCAGUUGUCAUGUCCUGUAUGGAGAGCGUAUCGGUCUCUUCUCCACCUCUCCCUCCCAGGAGUCUCAGAAGUUUAUUUUUGCAGUUGAGAGAAUGUUGGCCACCACCCCUCCUCUCCUCUACCUGCCCCCCCGUCUGCUGUGGCGCCUGGGCGCCCCCCUCUGGACACAACACGCCACUGCAUGGGACCACAUCUUCAGCCACGCUGAGAAAAGGAUCCAGAGAGGAGUCCAGCGUCUGCGCUCCACCCAGGCUGCAGGAGGUGGUAGUGGGGGUACAGAGGGAGAGUUCACAGGGAUCCUGGGUCAGCUGAUGGAUAAAGGACAGUUGUCUCUGGAGCUCAUUAGAGCCAACAUCACUGAACUCAUGGCCGGGGGAGUGGACACGACGGCGGUGCCCCUGCAGUUUGCCCUGUACGAGUUGGGUCGUAACCCGGCAGUGCAGGAACAGGUCAGAGGUCAGGUGCGGGCAGCGUGGGCAAGAGCCGGCGGUGACGCCUACAAGGCCCUGCAGGGGGCGCCACUACUGAAGGGACUCGUCAAGGAGACCCUCAGGUUAUAUCCAGUGGGGAUCACUGUCCAGAGAUAUCCAGUCAGAGACAUCACCAUCCAGAACUACCACAUACCUGCUGGGACAUGUGUCCAGGCGUGUCUGUAUCCUCUGGGGAGAAGUCGAGAUGUGUUUCAGGAUCCGGAGCGUUUUGACCCUGGUCGCUGGGGGGCUCAGGAGUCUAGAGAGGGGCCUGGGGGGGGUGGAGGGUUCCGCUCCCUGGCGUUUGGAUUCGGGGCCAGGCAGUGUGUUGGCAGGAGGAUCGCUGAGAACGAAAUGCAGCUGCUACUGAUGCACAUCCUGUUGAGUUUCCGUCUCAGUGUGUCGUCUUCAGAGGAGCUCAGCACUAAAUACACCCUAAUCCUCCAGCCUGAAACCCCACCACGCAUCACCUUCAGCACACUCUGACACACACCCACACUCACCCCCCCCCCCCCACACACACACACACCAAUCGUUUAACCAACCAAACAAAUCAAUCAUUUUAUCAAUCCAUUAUACCAGGUAAUCGUCAAUGAACUCACCAACAUCCUUACCAUAUGGUCCACAUGAAAACAUCAAAUAAUAAUAAAGUCCUAUUUUUGGUCAAUGAAAAGGCCAGUGUUUUCUUAUUCAUUUCUUUUUCAGAUGUUGAUUAAGGUUUGUUACAGCGGGAUAGAUAUACUUAGACAUGAAGAAGAUUAACUAAUUUCACUCUCCCGAAUCCAAAUGGAUUUCUCCCAUCAAAGCCGCAAACAAUUAUCAGAUGUGUCCACAAGAUGGCGGUAAAACCCACAGCAAAACUACAUAAACAAAUGAUUGAAAUGAUUAUUUUGCGAACCUGGUGCUAUUCGCGUCUCCACAUCCGCAAAUUUGUCUUCGUUGCUGCUGCCUGAAACUCACAGGCUGGUGUUCUUCUUCCUCUAGGUAUAUCUUUCAAUUUGAGCUAUUCAGUCUCUCUCUCUUUAUUAUUAUAUCUUUUUUUACAACAGUUAGACUUCUGGAAUAUCUUUGUCAUUCGUUGUGAAUGCAUGCUCUUACAAUAAUUAGCUGAAUCGCACAAUCCCUGCAACCAUUUCAAGUAAAAAAUAAAUACUCUGCCAGAGCUCUGCCAAGUUUAGGCUGCUAAACUCAACCGGCUGCUAAACUCAACCGGCUGCUAAACUCACCAGGCUGCUAAACUCAACCGGCUGCUAAACUCAACCGGCUGCUAAACUCAACGGCUGCUAAACUCACCAGGCUGCUAAACUCACCAGGCUGCUAAACUCAACAGGCUGCUAAACUCACCAGCUGCUAAACUCAACCGGCUGCUAAACUCACCAGGCUGCUAAACUCAACCGGCUGCUAAACUCAACCGGCUGCUAAACUCAACAGGCUGCUAAACUCAACAGGCUGCUAAACUCAACUGUGCGCCAAUUCUUUCUUUUUCAAAAGCCAUGGUGACACAUUGUUGACAUACUGCUCAAAGGAAAGGAAGUUUUUAUGACAGGUUUGGUCAGUUUUAGUUUGUGAUUAGUUCUAUAACAUUCUGUUCAUCCCAAUCCCUUUGCAAAGUCACUGGAUGAAAAUGUCAUAAUAGUCAGUUUAUUGUUUGGUGUUGCAUUAAAUCUAUUGCAAAACAGGUUUGAGAUAAAUUGGAUGAUAUGGGCUGAAACUGAAACCCCAGCAAUAAUGGUUAUGUAACCCUUUAAUUACUGGCCAUCCUGUAAAAUACUAGUUUAGGCCACUUGAAGAA